ACCCAUAGCGAAUUGUCGGCCUCUUCUACAAAGCUCAUAUUCUAUAAGAAUGCGCGCAUGGAACUAAAAAUAUCAAGCACAAAGAAGAAACAAAUGAAAUUGCAAUCCCAUCCUUUGGGUAGCAUGACCAAUACUGGAAGCGAGCCAGCACAUGCGAAGAGCAAGCAUGGUCGAACCAAAUCCCCGUCCUCGAGUGGACGAUAGUUCUAUGGCAGAACAGCGGACACAGAUCAACACCAAAACGCAACCCUUCGAUAUCCACCAACGACGGCUCCACAAGCACGCCCAUGAGAUCUUCUCUCAGGACGUGGAAAAUGUCGAAGCAUUAAUUUCUUCGACCGAAACUGGUAAUGUCACUCAGCGUUUGGCUACCGACAGGGAUACCAUGCAAGAUAUUGUCAAGGAGGGUAAAAGCGAGGCCCAGCAAGUCUUCUAUAUCAUCAGACAGAAAAACACAUUCAGUCGAUUGCUGAUUACGCAAAUGGGAAUUCAGAUUAUUCUCGAAGGCCACCGAGUUUUUACUCCAUUUUUCGAUGCCCUCACAGCUUUCGGAUUCAAAAGAGAUGAUGAUCAUCGAGUAUGGGAUAGUUUCUACAGUUCGGGGCUGGACGGUAAUGAAACGAACUCUGUAAUUGAGCUCUGCUACGUAGUUCGUUACGUUGAAAGAAACAACAGGAGUCCCAAAAACCCAUGGUCUCUCCGACAAACCGGCAUAUAUCAACAGACAAUACUUCAUCAACAGAAUUCAACAUGGAUCCUCCUUCAACCAUCCCAGAAUCUGUACGAUGACCUAAAAGAGAAGCUUUAUGGAAGGCCAACGGGGUCGGACACCCCAAUCCGAAGCUCAUAUUUGCUUCACUUGGAUUUUCUUUCUUCGAUGGCAAGUAACUGGGGUGAAUAUAUUGAGUAUCUCUGGGCAGAAAUGGACAAAGUGGAUGACAAGGCGUGUAACUCUGAAAUUCGACUAGGAAAAAGGAACGACUAUGAUGUUUCGUUUUCAGACUGCCAAAAGUUGCAACGCCGCCGUCGCAUACUGUUAAGGACGAUGAGUGUCCUCGAGUCCUGCUUAACUCUCGCAAAAGAUUUGGAAAAUCUUCAUUGGAAGUUGAGGUCAAGCAACGUCGUCGAGGACAAUCGGUUCGUCGAUGGAAUUCGGAUAUACAAAGCUCAGAUCCAUAUGCAUCAGCGCAACCUGCGCUUCAUGAUGGAAUAUAUACGGGGGACGACUUACAUGUUGUCCGACAUUUUGAACUCUCGGAGCGACGAAAUGACGCUAAAGACGAGCCAGACGAUGCAAGAAAGUCUGGCACUCAACCAAAAUGAUUCGCGAAUUCUCAAACUACUCAGUAUAAUUGCCACGAUAUAUUUACCAGCUUCCUUGAUGGCUACCCUCUUCAGCUCUAAUUUGAUAGAAUUGAAGCAGGGAAAUGAGGGACGAGGACACUUCCAGGCUGUUCCUGGAUUCUGGCUCUACAUUGUCGUGACUUCUAUUCUCACUGUUGUGACCUUUGGCCUGGCAGCUGUAGUGAUAAAGGGAAGGUAUACUUGCUUGAAGAAAAAUACUGAGCUUGUCUGAGUAUCUUCCACUCUAUUGAUGGUAUAACACGGCUUUUCAAAUAUGAUACUCCAAGUUCUAUGCGGUGAAGCUCUUUCCUUAUUCACGGGGUGGCAUAAAAUGUAAUCUUUUCAGGCGUGUUAUGGUUUGAGUCGCGUAGCCCAUGGCAGUUGCUGGGAUUUGUGCACGAAUCUAGUGGCCACCACCAGCUAGAGCCCUUCGUCCGGCCCGUCAUUCCCAGAGCACCUUUCUAGAAACAGAAUUUAGCUCUUCGACCGUUUCAACUUUGCUCCCCCCAUAGAGCGAGACAUCAUUGACUCUUG